GCGUCUUGGUCAGGCCCGGGGUAAGGGGACGUUCUAUCCAAGGCUUGCUAUGACGAAGGUGCCGAUGGGGCACACUCUGCCGCCGUGGCGCACACCCGCGUGCCAUCCUAGCAUGACCCGUCCACCCCGGCUUAGAAUAUUAGCUUGGGCAAUGGUUGAGAACAAGAUGCGUCCGGGGAUCCUCAGCAUUUUCUUCAGCGAAUUAGAUCUGAUUUUGAAGUACAGAAACCGAGGGUGACUUCAACCCUCUCUUCUCCGACUCGUCUCACCUUCUAACACUAUGGCAUGGCCGACCAAUUCACCGGAAAUUCAACAUCACGUCUCUUCGCUACUGGAUAUUCUCACUUCAUCAUCUUCCGAGCAUCCAUCAGUGAAGUGCCACGUUAUCUCAAUGCUACUCCUCGUCUUUCAGCCCUCUGCCUACCUAUUCACACCACGCUAUCAAAAGUCGCCGCCAACAAUGGAGAGCUCGAGACUUUGCGUCUAUCCAGAAGAGAUGUCGAGCAGUGGUUGAAAGAAUGGAAUAUCUCUGUGGAAGAGUGCAGUCAAUCCCUCAAGUCCGUUGUUGAUGCAUUCAGGCAAUUUAGCCAGCCGGAAAUUGCUUAUCAUCACACGCUUUCUUCCAUUUCCUCAUUGCCAUCCUCUUCGCCUGAAAGUCAAUCCGAGGCGGUCGAUGCCAUAGCCUUAGCAUUGCGCUUGCCCAGCUUAUUCGACUUUGAUCCAUUGUUCAAGUUGGACGCUGUUGUAUCAGCAAAAGAUCAUGAGCCUUUCUCGCUUUUGCAGGUGUUUUUGAACAGUGGUCUACCAGAAUUACAUUCAUGGCCGCUGUUCUCGAAAAAUAUGAUCCUGCAGAUUGAAUUGAGUGAAGUAGAGAAGUGGGCGAUCGAUGGGAUUCGUACCAGUCUGCUUUCAGCAAAGCUCUCGCAGACCACCCAAUCUCUACAUGUUUGCCGUUCGUCAGCAUGCAUGUUUAAGCGAGAGCAAUGGGAGGUGUCUUAUCACGUGGAAGGCGGGCCUAGCGAGCGUGCUGGAGGUUCUCACUAG